AUGGGUUGCGCCAGCAAUGGCGGCGGCAGCAGGGGGCCCGCAUCCCAACAAGCCCUAUCAGCCCUCUCCUCAGCUCUCAUUGCUCAGUCAGCGAGCUCCAAGUUCUUCAAGACAUCGUCUUCUUCAACUGGGCAGCAGAUUUCUGGGUUGUUUCAGUGCAGGGAAGAUCUCAGCAGCAGCGAUUGCGCUGCCUGCGUUCAACAUCUCUUGCCCAUGUGGUCGUCUUUGUGCGGUAGUUCCGUUGCUGCUAGGAUUCAGCUCACCGGCUGCUAUGCUCUGUAUCAGGUCUCAGGAUUCCCUCAGGCCUCAGGCACUCAAAUGCUAUUCAAAACUUGUGGUUCUGGCAGUGCCGGCAGUGGAUUCGAACAGAAGAGAGAGAUCAUUUUGUUGACACUGAUAUAUUGA